AUGCACACGCCGGGUGCCAAAGAAAUAUCUCCGCAGGUCCGCGUAGCUGUCGCUCUGUUUUUAGCUGUUAGGUCAAGCAACGACAAAGUGCAAAGAGGCUGUAUUAAAGCUGCGGCUGAACGGUUUAAGAUCUCUCGCCGUAAAGUGUCCGCGAUAUGGAGCAACCGCGACAGCUUCGAAGCUCUUGUUGCCCCUCGAAAACCAAGAGCAUGUGGACGCACUCAACUUUCUCCAGCGGAAAGCGCUGACAAAAUUCAUGAAGCGCCCAUGAGCGCGCGCCAGACGUUGCGCUGCCUCGCCUCGGCUACUGGCUUUCCUAAGACGACGCUGAUGCGCCACUUGGCGGCAGGUGUCUUUCGUCGUGCUACGACUCGUGUUAAGCCGAAGCUGACAGACGUGGACAUGGCACGCCGCUUCGCUUUCGCUCUUGCUCAUGUGGAGCGAGCAUUUGGAGGAAGAGACUAUAGAAUGCAUCACAUGUAUGACUACGUACACGUAGAUGAAAAAUGGUUUAAUUUAUACAAGGUAUCGACAAGAUAUUACCUCACCAAGGAUGAGUUUGCACCUCAUCAAGCAUGCCCCAACCGCCGCUUCAUUGGCAAGGUCAUGUUUCUUGCAGCCGUAGCGCGGCCGCGAGCAAAAGGCACUGCUGAGAUGAAAAACGUCAACAUGACACGAAAGGUGUAUGUGAAGAUGCUCAAGGAAAAAGUAUUUUCAGCGAUUCGCCAACUUUGGCCAGGGAGAAAAUCUCUGUGCAUUAAGGUGCAGCAAGGCAACGCUGGGACACAUGUUGCAGAUAUUCUUGAGGCCGGAAUCGGGCACGGCUGGACGAAAGAGAUGACGUGUCAGUCACCUCGUUCGCUGGACAUGAACGUCCUCGAUCUUGGUCUGUUCAAUGCUAUUCAGUGUGUUCAGUAUCGCUACCCUACGCAUAACCUCCAGGGGUUGAUCGCUGUAGUGGAAGACGCUUUUCGAAGUUUACCACGCACGACAAUCGACAAGUGCUUCGUUACGCUUCAAAGGGUUUUGCAGUGUGUAAUUUCCUGUGGUGGUGGCAAUAACUACGCGUUGCCUCUGGUACGCAAGCUCUUUCUAAACGCAAGAUCAACCGCAACUCCGUCUUCGCUCCCCAUACCGAAGGAGAUUGUCAUCAAAGGCUUCCGCUUGCUAGAAGCCAAAUAA